CGUCAGUGACAGUGACAUCUGUCAUUAGUGUCAAACCGACCAAAUAAAAUUUUAUUGUCAACAAGCCAUAUUGAUAUUCCAUCAAUUUAUUUUUAAUUUUUUUUUUAAAAACAUUAGCUCUUAGUUAAACCUACGGCGGAAAUUAGGAUGGAUUCGACGAAGAAGGCAUCAUUGUCCGAUGAGGAGGAGGAUUUGGAAGCCUUGCGUUUGGCUGCAUUACAGACCUUAAAAAAACCUUCUAAUCCAAACGAGGGCUCGAAUAACGAUCUAAAAAACGAUGUGAGGCCUAAAAGGUCUUACAGGGCUGGCAUGAGAGGGCAAGGAAACUAUGGGGUUAAGAGAGGAAGAUAUUUUGGCCAUAGGGGGUCAAAGAAUGGUCAAUUUCACAACAGAGCUAUCUCCAGCAACUUAAUUUCCCUCACGCCCACCCUACCGUCAGAACCCAAGGCAACUAAAGAAGCCAGCAACGAUUCGAAGCUAACACUAACCCAAGACAGGUUCAAUAAUAAAGCAGACUCGGAAUCGGGCAAAACAGACGAAAAAUGCAGCAAAUUCGACCGCUACAAAGACUCCGAUGAAUCUGAAGACGAGGACACGGAAGACGAAUUAUUAAGAAGCGACUCAGACGACGACAGUCCUUUAAAAUUAACGAGAUCGGAUAGUUUGGAGGCCUUGAUGCAAGAGCUCGAUGACGAGAUACAGGGCAAAACAAAAAUCAACAGCGAAGAGAAAAGUAAAGGCAAAAUAAAAAGUAAAAGGAAAAGAGUUGAGACUGAACAAGAAAGUGAAAAACCGGCACCCACAGUCGAAUCCUCCCCUAAAGAGAUAGAAAAAACUCUUGAGGAACCUAAAGAAGUAAUCAAAUCAGAAGAACUUGCUACACACGCAGAACCCCCUAAACCAACUUCACUACCGAAAUCACCUGAGCUUCAACAACCCCCAAAAAAGUGUCGCCGCUCACCACCAUUUAAACGAGAAUUCCGAGAUGGGCCCAGGGGUAAUCCGCGGAAAUUUCAGCGCGUCACACCACCACAAAAUAAUCCUCUGCCGCCCUUUAUGCCCGUUCCUCCAGUUUAUUCACUUCCCGCUUUUGCCCCGGGCGUAAUAAUGAACCCUGCUCCUUUUUUGGAUGCCAGGCCAAUAUCUCCCCUUCACAUUAACGCGGAAACAUUACAAAAUCAAACUCUGGCCCCCUUAUCGCCCAGAAGCGCCGCUUUCGUGCUGCAAAAUAGAGCCAUUAUAGAAAAGCGAAAAAGGUCACCAAGGAGAUCGUAUUCCAGAAGUCCCUCCCCAAGGAGCCCUAGAAGGUCAGUUUCGCCACGAAGAAGGUCUUUGUCGCCUAGAGAUCCGAUAAGAAAAAGGUCUCUAACUCCAAUAAGAAAGAGGUUACCAUCCCCGUUUCGAAAACGAUCACUGUCUCCAUUAAGAAAAAGAUCGCCGAGAAGAAGAUCGAUUAGUCCCAAACGAAGACCAUUUAGUCCCAAGCAAAGACCAAUUAGCCCUAAAGCGAAACAAAACAGUCCUAAAAGGAGAUCGUUAUCACCACUGAGACGUAGAGAUCGAGACAGGAAAGUUACCGCAGAACCUACUGAGGGUGCCUCAAAACCGAAGCAAAGUAUUCGGGAGCGUCUGGGCAUGAAAUCGUCUAAGCCAGAAGAAAAGGAGUCUACAAAAGAUAAACCUGUUGAGGACCAAAGCCUUCCUGAAGAAGACAAACCUUUGGACCCAGUACUUGAGGCCAGAAAGAAGAAAUUCGAAUCAAAAGAAAUCAAAAUCAGGGAGGGAGUGAUAAGACUGAAACCGAAAGUGGAGGAUAGCAAUAUUAAAAAACAAGAGGAGAAACUCGAGGAAACAUCCGCUCCAGCGGUAAAAAGCGAAGAUGACGAUGUUGUUAAUGAAGACCUCUUGUUGGAGGACGACGAGUUGGAGUUGGAUGCCGACCACGCCGAUUUGUUUAGCGACGAAGACUCUGCUACUGAUAACGAGGGCAGGUUUAAAGCCAAAGAAGUGUCUGAGGAAAAGCCAACAGCGAUUUCUUUUAAUAAGUUGACCAAUGGAGCUAAACCAGAGCUACGCCCUGAAAGACCUAUAGAAUCAAGACCAAGAAGAUCGAGGGCACGAUCGAGAAGCCCCCGCUUAAGAACCGGAAGGAAACUAACCGAAGUUAAAUCCGCCAUAACGCAGGCGUCUCGAUCAACGAAAUCCGAAAACGUUCAUCAGACAUCCCGGAAGAAGUUCGGCGUGAAAUCCGAACGUCAUCCGAAGAAGUUCGAAAGAAAAAUCGAGAUUAAGAUCAAGAAUCCGUCGAAGUAUACUGACCGAGAGGAAAAGGAGGCGGCGCGAGCAAUUGAAACGGGAGUGGAAGUGGGAGUGGGAAGCGAGCACGUCGUAGAUAAAGUCGAAAUCGAAGAUGACGAUGACGAAACCGAAAUCGUCAUCGAAAAUUACGAGGGUGAAAUCGAAAAUGUGUGCAGCAGUGAAGGCGAUUUGAGGGCGCAAUUAAGCAAAAAACGCGCAGAAAAGCUUCAAAGUCGCACCACAGUGUCCCGGGAGGGCGUCAGUUCCAGAUUACUACAAACCGCCCUUAAACACGCAUUGCCAGUAAAAAAACCGAAAAAAUCGAAGAAAAAAGAUCUUUCUAGUGGCGAAUUGGAGACGAUCAAAAGUCUGUUUACGGCGGAUUUUAUCGCAAGUCGGUUACAAUUGACAGUCCGUUCCAAAAGACAAGUUACCAUUUAUAAGCGUAAAAAAUUCCCGUUUGGUUUUAGAAGGUCCCAUUGUCGUCCAGAAGGAAAAGUUCCUAUACACUUGAGGCUUGGCUUAUCGUACGAAUCGGAUUUAUUUGACACUUCGGUCCCGAAACUGAAAAAGAAAUCGAAAAAAAGGAAAAGAAUUGAGGCGGAAGAACAGCAUCCAGGAUAAUAUGGUGUCUCGAAACCGUUUUGUUAUUUCGGUUUAAGUUUUUUACUGUUAUACAUUUUUAUAAUAACUGUUAAAUUUUUGUGAUGUCUGUGCUUUUCACUGGCAUUGCCUUUAAAAUUGUUGUUUUCAGUUGGCACGUGAAAAGUACAUUCUUACAUGUCUGUAUUGUAAAUAGUAAAUUUAUUGACGUAUGUAAUUUCACCCUAGUAUAAUCAAUUUUCUGGUAAAAUUAUCACGGUUAUGCCGAUCGGAUCAAGAUUUCGUAUUUCUUAUCACAAGAUAUUUUUUUUAAAUAGGGUUCAGCAUCAGAUAAACAGAAUGACCCAAGUAUCAGAAAACAGGCGUGGGACUCUGUAAAUUUUCUCUAUUUAGAGAAGGAAGCGAAGAGACAAAGAUCACUUAAUGCCUUGGCACUCUAUAAACAUUUCUUUAUAAACUUCGUUGUUGCUCGGGCAUAGAGAAUUCGAUAAUUAUCUAUUCUAAAAACAUCAGACAAUUGAGCAGAGUCCAGCUGUGAAUACAAGAAGAAGAAGAAAAUGCCAUUGACAAUAUUGACAUUUUGACUUUUUUUUUUAAUUUUUUAUUUUAAACCAAUCCAGCACAGCCCAUUGCGCUGGAUUGGUUUUAGGUGCUCUACUUUGAUUCUCCAUAUCUGUAACAACAAUAAUGAGUUGAUUAUUUAUUAAAAAUGGCAUUAAAAACUAGUCUGGAACAAUUUAAGUUUAUUCCAAACAUAGUUUCUUCUAAAGAAGCUAAGAUAUUCAAAGGCAUAUGAUAGGUAUUAUAGGAAGUUAACAGAAAUAAUAUUAUGAUGUAUACCCACUUUUUAUCUAUAAUGAUUUGCAAUUGCAAGGUGUAAUUUUACAUAGGAUAUUAUUUACUUGAGGGAAUGGAUGAGUGCUUACCUAAUAAAAUAAUUUGAUUUCUCCUUUUCCUUUUACCCUAAAUCACAGAAUACAAAUAUAAAUCAAAAACGAAAAACUGAAAAUAAAUCAUGACAUAAUAAAAUUUCCCCGUUCACGGCGUACGGACGGGGAGUCGGUGCCAAAUCCAAAUAAUUAAGCCAAUAGUUUAUUCUUUCCCACAAUACACGCUAAAAAAAGGAAGAAAAUAGUAUCUUUACAAUAGAAAGGUCCUUUUCGUUGUCGCUUAAGAAAGCGAGGUCGUCUAUAUUCGUUCUGUAACGAAAAAGCCCGAACGGCGUUACAGAGUACGAAAUACCAUAGAGAUAGAGAAUAAAGAGUUUAUCUAUCGCUAUUUGCGUUACAGAGUCCCACCUCAGUGAAGUAAGAUAAAAGAUGGUUAAAUUAUUUCUUCAAUUAAAUACACUGAAAGAGAGAUAAACAGAUUUCAGAAUUAAAGUACUUAAUAAAGUAGUAAAUUAUAUUUUCUCUACAUUUGUAUAAAAAGAUUUUUGUAAACAUUAUGAAGUAAAUGAAAUGCAUAGCAGUAAUUAAUUGACAUAAUAAGCAACAUUGGAAAAAUACUGCAACUGGCCAUUAUCUCCUCCUCCCUUUGUCAUAUUACAGUAUUCUAUAAUUUCAGCUUUUUCACCAAGUAAAAUUUUUAAAAAAAGUUCAUACCUUAAUGCGAAGAAAAGUUUGAUCCUUAAGAGAAUGUUUGAUAUAAUGUGACUAGACCGGCAAUUAGGGAAGUGCCUGAGGAUGGAUUUGAGGGUAAAAACGUUAUUGUGGAUUAAUAAUUUAGGUAGUUAGAGCACUUCUGGUUGAGAACAUUUUUUUGGCAAGUUUUCUUCAGAUUAUUUCCAUAAAUAAUUAAAAUAUGAUUAAAAGGGUGCUAGAGAAAGAAAAGGACGUUUCUUUCUGAUUAAUUUCGUAUACGAACGUUUUUUUAUACCCCACAAAUUUACUUGGAAGCAAUUGUAUACCACAAGGUCCUGGAACGUUCAGAUUUUAGGUUGUUGAAACGCAUAUUGCCUCAACAAGAUUUUUCUGCAUAAACAGACAUUUUUGGGCAUAACUUAUACAGAAGAAUAUCCGAUAAAUAUAAAAUACAGAAGAAUAUCCGAGGAUGGAUUUGAGGGUAAAGACGUCAAUCUCGGUAGUAACAAUUGCUGUUUAGAGCAAUUUUUUUGCUAAUAAUCUUGGAAAAUUUUCACUUUUCUUGAGAAUAUUUUCACAAAUAAUACAAUAAUAUUAAAAAGGCGUUAGACAAAUACAGAGCGUUUCUUUCUGAAUAAUUUCAUGUAUGAACGGGUUUUAUACCUCGAAAACUCCCCGAGUUAGAGACAAUUUUGUCCACCAAGGCCCAAGAGCUAUCAGAUAUGAAGUUUCUCAAUGGAUCUUUGGACUGUUUCUGAAAUGUCAGAUUAAAGUCAUAUAUUUUCAUGAAAUCCAUAGUGUGUCCAAUGUCCAUGUCAGUCCAUGCUUUGUAAUUCCUAAACAAGUGGAAUGAAAAAAAAACCAGUGGUCUGACAAACCUUUAUGUAAUGGAAAAACAGAUUGUGAUCAUAUAAUCUGCAGAAAUGGAUAAAGCUAAAUUCAAUGGAUUUUCUUUGAAACCUACCAGUAAAAAUUUAAAAUGACGUUUUUGCAUGGUACAAUUAAAGACGUUCUUCCUUGCAGCAGCUUUUAUAAAAUAGAAGAUUUCACCUCCAAGAUGCUUGAAAUAAGAUUUGUAUUUUGCCAAGAUUACAAUAACUGCGUUCUUAGGAGGUUCUUUCUUUGACUUAAAAGUGUGGUAUUGUUUUCCUUUGGAAUAUUCAGUAUUGUGCACACUAUCUUCAUUAUCCGAUUCUGUUGCGCUUUCCUCAGAAUUUAAAUCAUGGUUGCUUUUUAACUGCUUGGUCAUCAUCGCUAUCGCAAUUGUCCUACUUCUAAAAUACUUUUAGGUGUAGUAAAUUAAAUGUAUCUGGGACUUUUCGGUAGCGGUUAAAACAUAUAAAAUAUCCCAAAUUCUGUGAAAUUCUUCCUGAAUGUGUUCCUGAAUCCAUUUCCUAGGAUACCUGGAGUGUAUUGAGUUGGUUCAGAACUUAUUUGAAUUCCGAAACCUUAUUUUGUUUCGGAAUGAAAAUUUCUGUGUGUUGGCUUUCCUAUUGCUGUAUGGGUGUUUGUAUUUAACCCAUUAACGCCCAAAUUAUUUUUUUUUAAAUCGUUGAAAAAAUAGUCUUGCCAUGUUAUUUUUAACCAAAAAAAAAUUAAAGAAAUUUUUUUGUUUUUUAGAUCGCUGGGCAAAUAAUUGAUUGUUUUUUAUAAAAAAAUAUGUUUUUUAAUACUGUAAAAUUGUACAAUAUCUAAUUUUUGCGGUGAUAUUUUACAAAACAAGUGGUGCAAAGCGUAAUGUUACAUUUUUUGCAGUAAGUAAGUGGGCGACUUUCACAAGAAGUGCAUUGGCAUCUUCUUUGAUUGGUUCUCUUUUCCAAAAAAUGCCCCUUUUCAUAAAGUCUAACUUCAUCAGGUACGCGUGAUUUGGAGGUUGAUGGUAAGCUCAGGGGUCUACCUUUCAUAAUACUUCGUCCAUGACCAAGCUUGAGGUAGAUUACUGCAAUCUCGCGCCUAAAAUCUUUUAAAUUUCUUGAUUUCUUCCCAUUGAUUCUUCGGUAAAGCUGCAACGAAUUUAUUACUGCCAUAUCUAUCAUCCUUGUGAAUAAACACCAGUACCACUUUUUCCUCGGAUGGCGAUGCUAUGCUUCUCCAAAAGCCAGUCAUGGUGAUCCACUCCUCCCAUGUAUUUAUUGUAGUUGUAUAUCAGUCUAGGUUGGGAAACUGGCAUGCUAGUUUUUUCCUUCCUAUUCCAGCGUGGAACUGAGGCUACUGGCUCUACGUGAUCAAAAUUAGUGGCCAUUGAAACACACUUAUUGUCAUUCCAUUUAACAAUUAGUAUUUCAUUUUUGAUGUCGAAUCUAAAAUCAUAUGAUCCACGAGGCAUUUUUUCCAGUUCCUUGGUUGAUUGUAAUGGGCACUGGGCAGUCCGAUUUUCCCUUAUCGUGCCAGUAGCUCUAAAUUUAAAUUCUUUUAGCUUGUGAAAUAGCCUAUGACUACUAAAAAAAUUAUCGAAGUAGACGGAGUAGCUUUUCGGAUUUUCCACAAUUGAUAGCAUUUCUACAACUACCCUGGUACCCAAAGGCUCUUUUUGUUGAUUUUCUUCUUUUCCAGCAUAAAGUGAAAAAGAAAAGCAAUAUCCGUCUUCGCCACACAUUGCCCAUAGUUUAUAGCCAAAACGGAUUGGCUUGGCUCUAAUGAAUUGUUUUAACGAGUGCCGACCAUAAUACCUAACAAUCAUUUCAUCAAUUGACAGAUUUCCUUGAAAAUCCUUAUAUCAUCUUUUGAUAUUGUAAAUCCAUGUCGAUUCUUUUGGGUAACUGCAUAGUUAGUAGUUUGUUCCCUUAUCAUGCUGUAAAUUUCAUCAUCGAAAAAGUGUUCAAAUAUGUUUACCGCAGAGGAGUCUUUCAAUGUAGCUUUCAUAUCAUUCUCAGCUUGUAAAAAAUCCUGUUCGGCUGUUUGAAGAUUAUAUUUAGGGUCAGUUUUGAUCCAUUUAGUUUCAAGUUUUUGUGAUUAUUUAUUUUUAUUUUUUUUUCUCAGGGAGUAGACGUGCCAAUGGUAAGUUAUCUUCUUCCUCGCUUUCGUCAUCUUCAUUUGUCUGUAUUUCUACAUAACCAGCAAUAUCUUCUAAGAUAGGGAUUCCAGUUUCUUCAUCGUUAAAUACUUCCUCAUCGGUUAGCUCAUCAACAUCGGGUGGCAACGCUAGUAUGUCCGCAUCUAUUUGCUCUGAGUACAGAUACUGCACUGCAUCUUCUAGAUUUUUAAAUAUAUUAGGUUUGCUCAUUUUUAUAUCUAAAAUUAAAAAAAAUCUUACAGAAAAACAUUUUUUUAUAUCUAAUAUAAGUUAUAAGUAUUUUUUAGAAAUUAAAUUUAAAAAAAUCUCUGUUUAUCCCAGCGAUCUAUUUAUAGAUCACCAUAAAAAUCAGUGUUAUAAAAAGUAAAAAAAAAUAGAAACAUGCAACAAUAACCAUUUAGCUACAUUUAUUGAACCCCUCCUAAUAGAAAUAUAAUACAUAAUUUAACUUACCUUAACAAUUUUUAAAGCUAUCUCAAAAUAUAAUAGUCGAUGCACUUGAUAAAAAAAAUGUCUCCAACGAAGGUCCAAUAAAAUAAACACUUUCGGUCGUACAAUGAAGUAAGGCACUAAAUAGGACCGAUUUACAAUCAAAGUAACGAUAUUGGUGGUAGGGGCGGCUUAAAAUUCACCAGACACAUUUUGAACACCUGUUUGAUGUUGUGAUCUAUAAAUAGAUCGCUGGGCGCUAAUGGGUUAACAGAAUAGUACCUUCUGAACAACACAGUGUUUAGCGAAUUAUAUCCUACUAUAGUUUGAAAUAAUUGUCAUAUCAAGUAAAGGCCAAAUUAGUAAACGAUAUCAAAAUAUACCUUAAAAGGCUCUCCAAGGAAGCAACAACCUUUAAUAAGUACAUUUUUUAUUUAUUUUAAGUUAAGGUUUUGUUCAAACAAAACCCCCUGUGACCCCUUGUGAGAGUCUUUAUACAACCUGGAAAAGCAGUAAAAUUGAAUUUAAUCCAUUCAAGUCAUCAUGACUGAAAUAAUUGUAAUAAGAAAUACGAAAGAAACCUACAUAUUUCCUACAACGAUAAUUUUACUUUAAUAGAUAAGCUUUAUAUGUAAAAUUAGCAUAAGUAACUUAGCAGCAUAGAAGCCCGACAAAAAAAAAAUUAAAAAAACAAAUUUAUGGUCAAUAGGUGUAAACAGGCAACGAGAUCCAAAAUGAUUGCAGAACGACCCAGCAGAAAUCCAAUUUUUGAGUGAGAAAGAAAAAAAAAACAAUGUUUUAAUAGUGUUAGUUUUAAUGAUGAAAUUAUGUGUUUGAUUUGGUUGUAUUGAAUAAGUUGUAAAUUAUAAAAACUCGUUUUCGUUUAAUUUCUAUUAGUUUAAGGUCCUAUUUUACAUAGGCGUGUAUAGUUUUAGGGCUUACUAAGUACAAAUAUAAUUUCUUUAUAUAUUAAGAUUAAAUUGAUGAUUAUCUCCCAUUAUGCUAGAAUAUAUAUAUAUUUCACUUUGUACAUAUUUUUUGUGUAUAUAUUAUAUUUGUUGAUACAUAUGGUAAAACCAGAUUUUUUAUUGUUUAUUUAUUUCUUUAAUAAAAUAUCUUAAAAAAUUAA